AUGUCCAAAACACCACCAGGAGAACAGGGAAUUGUCGUAAGGAGAAAUGAAGUAUUUCUUCUCCCAACCAGAUUGAUUCCUUCAUCGAAAGAUUUGGAAGAAGAUUUGAGUGAUGUUUCUUUAGAAGAAGGCAUAGUUGAAACUGCUGAUAUAGAUGAACUAAUGAUGAUUGACCAUCUUGAGAAAACUAGAGAAAAGAAAAAUGAAAAAGGGAAAAGAAGAGUAGAAGAUAAUAGAGUGAAUACUAUAAAUACACUUGACCAACUCUGCGAACUUUAUGGAUACGAUGUGGAUGGAAGAGAUUUUCCAGAUGACGUUCUGUUCGAUUCAUUCAAUGAAGCUUCUGCUUUUUCGCAACCAAUUUUUUGUGGAGAAUCUCACGAAAUUGAGUGUGUUGCUCUGUGGGAUUAUUUUGGAGGAGAUAAUUAUGAUGACUUGAAUGUUCAUGCUGGAGAUUCUAUCAAUGUAAUCGCAGAAGAAUAUCAAGUUCGAGUAGUUGACAAAAACUAUAUGCGGAUGCCAUUCCAAUGGUCUCUUGCUCGUUGGAUGACUGAACGAAACGUCAAUACUUAUCUUGGAUUGAUCCCUUCUCAUUACAUUGUAUCUCGCCAGUUCUAUGAGGAUCAUCCCCUUCUAUUCAAAUGGCCUGUCUGGUAUCAUGGAAGUGCUGAAGUUCAUGAAGUUCUUCACAAACUAUACAGUGAUCGUUCUGCUCUUUGUCCUGGACUAUUUGCGAUAUUCUCUCCUGUCUGGCUAAACAUUGAUCUAGAAGAACAUCGUUGUUUCUUUCUGAUGAUCUUAAUAGAACGAGAUCAACAUCAUGAUGAUGAGCUGAGAGAAUUAAUUGAAAUUGAGAGAGGAAACUACGGAAUCAUGGUGAACUCCAUCAAUCACUUUUUCGGGGAGAUGCUUCCAGAAAAUGAACAACCAGAAAAAUCAGAUGCGACCGAGUUUAUUGAAUUCAUGUCAGAGAUUGAAACGACUCCGUUCGAACCAGCGGUUGUUCCAAUUCAUCGUUCUCCUCUUGGACAUUAUGAAUUAAUGGGCAAUAGAUACGAGACUCUGUACGAUCUAGUUCAUCAUCUGUCCACUCAUCGUUCUGCACUUCCACAUAAACUCGUCUACUGUAGAUCAUCUCCACUUGUUGUCGGUCGGAACGUAGUUCCCCCACCAACUCCAAAAUUUCGAAAAGACUUACGAUGCCAGCCAAUGAUUAUUGAACAAUGGGCAGCAACUCAUUUUGAUGAAGUGACACGUAGAGUGGAAUGUGGUGAGAAGACACUCUUCGCCACUAAAGUUCUGUUCGACAUCGAGAAAAGAAGUCACGAAGCUAUUGCGAAUCGAUUGAAUCUCGGAGAUCCUGAAAAGGCAGCAAUGGCAUCUUACAUGAAAACCCUUGACAUACCAAGAUCUCCUGAUGACGACAGCGUGGAAACAGGAAAGAAAAGAUGCCCUCCUCAUGAGACUGCAAUCAGAAUAAACUCUCUAUUUUAUAUCGACGAAACCCAGAUUUUUGACUGUCGUUCGGGAAAAGACACACUUGGAAAAGGAGCAUUUGGUGUCGUAAAAAAAGGGAAUUUGGUUCGAAACUCGGAGGAUAGAGUGCCAGUUGCUGUGAAACAAUUGGCAUUGAAAGAGAAUGAAAGUGAUGAGAGACAUCCUGCAUUCACUGAAAUGGAAAUUCUUGAGAUGGUUUCCCAUCCGAAUAUCGUUGAGUAUUAUGGAUUUUCAAUGAUUUCUGGCUCAAUGAAUGGAGUUUCCAGUGCAAUCACUCUCAAUCUCGUUUUCGAAUUAAUGGAAACAUCACUUGACAAGUUCAUUGAUAAAAUAGAUGCGAUUCUUUCGGAGAAUGAACAACUCGAUAUUCUCUCUCAGAUCUGUCGUGGAAUGAGCUUCCUGCAUACAAGAACACCAUCAAUUGUUCAUGGAGAUCUUGCAGCUAGAAACGUUCUUCUGAAAAAGCAUCCAGUUUAUUGGAAGAAAUAUAUCUGCAAAAUCACUGAUUUGGGUCUUGCAAAACCAUGUCUUGAUGAACUGCAUACACAAUACGACGAUCCAACAAAGAUUCCGUUCAAAUGGAUGCCUCCAGAAGUGCUUUCGAGUAGGACACUGUCUCUAAAAACUGAUAUUUGGGCAUUUGGAAUAGUCUGCUUCGAAGUCUGCACAAAAAUGGGAGAACCGUAUGGAAUUAUAAAUGCAUCGACUCUCUAUCAGUACUUGAAUGAUGGUUUCCGUCAUUAUGAACUUCCGAAUAUGUCGGAGACAAUCUAUGACGUUGCACUGGAUUGUAUGAGAUAUCAUCCGUCUGAUAGACCGACUUUCGGAGAAUUGGUUGACCGUUUUCUUGAUAGUAUAAUUGAAAUGGAUGGAGAAGAUGAGGUGAAAAUGAAGCAGAGAGAGAAAGUGACUUCCGAGAAGCAGAGAAAAGAGAGAAUGGCAAACAACCAUAAGAAAUUACAUGAUAAUGAGUAG